AAUUUCGGAAUUAUUUGAUGUGAUCGUCGACUUCCCUGAAUCAAAACCCGCGAUUAAUGAUUUAAUUAUCUGUAUGAGACGGUUAGAUACAGAUUAUAGACAUCGUCUCGUUCAAUCUUUAUAUUCUGCAUUUAAGAGAAGGCUGCUUAUUCCUGGUGCAGGCACAAAUGAUAUAAUCAAUACUUAUAUAUCAACCGUUAAAUGUCUGAGAUUAUUGGAUCCUUCUGGUGUGCUUUUGGAAAAAAUUACUGGACCGAUUCGGAAUUAUUUGCGGACGCGUGAAGAUGCCGCGCGAUUUUUGGUAAACAGUUGGAUGGAUGAUGAAUGUAAUAAUGAAUUGGUUGAGGAGCUUGGACAUACGGAAAAUCCUAUUGAAGACCACGAUGAUUAUGGUGUCUCUGAUGAUAAUUGGGUACCUGAUCCGAUGGACGCUGGCCCUGACUACAAAUCAUCGAUGUAUCGUUCGGCUGAUAUCACCAAUUUACUUGUGAGUCUUUUCGAUACUACGGAUGUAAUUACGGAAGAAAUUCAGAAUCAGAUGGCAUCUUGUUUAUUAUCGAAAUUAGACUAUGAUACUGGAAGAGAGCAAACUAAACUUGAAUUAUUUAAGCUACGCUUUGGAGAAGCAAAAAUGGCACCCACGGAGGUCAUGAUUAAGGAUAUUGCAGAUUCUAAAAGGAUUGAUACCAAUAUAUAUAAUGAAAUAUCAAUAUCCAAGGCAGUAGGAUUGGAAAAUGUCAAAGAGGCAGUGUUACACGGUUCUAUUAUUUCUAAAUUAUUUUGGCCUGCUCUAAAAAAUGAAGAUUUCGUUGUGCCUAAACCUAUAUCAGAGAACAUGCAGAAAUACGAAAACGCAUUUCAAAUUUUAAAACCUAGGAGAGAAUUACAAUGGUUAUCAUCACUCGGAAAGGUUCACGUGGAAUUAGAAUUACAAGAUCGUGUGCUGGAAUUUGAAGUCGCUCCAAUAUACGCGACGAUCAUUUAUCACUUCCAAGAACAAGAUAUAUGGGAUCUUCGUUCUUUGGCUGAAAAAAUGAAUAUAGAUCCUUCGAAGUUAAGAGGAAAAAUGGGCUUCUGGGAGGAACGUGCAUUAUACACUGCACGUUGUUCAUCAUUUAACAGAGAAACUCCCUCGAGAAUUCUCUAUAACUCAUCUCGUGAAAAAGAUGAUUCUUCUGCAAAAAGCUAUGUUUGUCUAUUAAUGCUUAAUAAAUCAUGCUAUAUGGUAGAUAACUCAGGAAAGUCUGUAAG